GAAGCUCCCGGUCUACAGCUUGCUUUCCCCCUUCGUCGGCGAAACCUCCCUACCACGCCCACCCCGAACGACCUCCUCCUCUAAAUCCACCGGCGCAUUGAGGAACCCAAUACACACAUAUACCACAACAAUGUUCUCACGAUUAAGGUUACCGCGCAUCGGCGCGGGCAUCGCCGCCGCCGCCAGAGCAGCACCGGCCAGACCUCUCCAGCAGCGCUCGAUACACUACGUGCCCCAGCUCUCUCACGACUUCAAGGACGGCGUCCCGGGCCUGCUGUCGGCCGACGGCUACGAUAUGGCGUGGAACCAAUACAUGACGCUUAUUCUUGACAAGCUCAAUGCCUUGAUUGCAGGCACCGACCUCGAACAACGCGACGUCAAACAAAUCCUCCUCGCCUCCGCCCAAGACCCCUCCCAAGCCCCCGUCUUCAACAACGCCUCCAUGGCGCACAACACCCACUUCUUCUUCAAAAACAUCACCCCGAACCCGAAACCCAUGCCAGAGUCCCUCGCCGCAGAGCUCUCCCACUCCUUCUCCUCCAUCGACACCCUCCGCCGCGAAAUGAUCCUCACCGCCUCCUCCAUGUUCGGCCCGGGCUUCGUCUGGCUCGUCAAGGCAGGCCACCAAGACUACCGCGUCCUGACGACCUACCUCGCGGGCUCCCCCUACCCGGGCGCCCACUGGCGCCUCCAGAGCACCGACAUGAACACCGUCGGUCUGGGCGGCUCCGCCAAGAACUACUUCCAGCGCAGCGCCGCGGCGCAGAGACCUGGUACGAAGCCGCCCGGCGCGCUUGAUGCUGUGCCGCUUUUGUGCCUCAACACGUGGGAGCACACAUGGAUCCGCGAUUACGGGCUCGGUGUCGGCGGUCGCGGUGGCAAGAAGGCGUUUGCUGAGGCGUGGUGGGAGGUUAUUGACUGGGAGGCUGUCAACACUGCGGCGGACAUUCCUUCCCGGCCACAGUUCAUGCGGUAAACGAAGCCAAGAAAGGGGGGGCGGCAAAUGUGACUUCGUGGGGAGGGGGAUGGUCCUGAGAGGUUGGUGAAGUAAGGCUUGGUUA